AUGACAGAUCCUCUAUCCGUCUCCGCUAGUAUCUCUGGCCUGAUUACCCUCGCUGAUAUAGUCUUUCGUCGGACCUUCAAGUACGUGAAAGCUGUCAAAAAAGCAUCGGAAGAGAUAUCAGCCUUGUCUGCGGAGAUAGGCGCCCUCUACGGAAUCCUCAGCAAUCUGCAACUGGUCUCUCGUCAGCUUGAAGACGAGACAUUCGAAUCAACUACACGGGUACAUCACAUCCACUCAUGCUAUCAAACGCUAGAACAUGUGAAAUCUAUUUUGGAUAGAGAUGACACAUCUUCGCUAGGCGAUCAGCGACUAGAGACCCUCAAGAGAAAGUUAAGAUGGCCAUUUACAUCUUCAGAGGUGAAAGACCUAAUCUCAGAAGUUGAGCGUCACAAGACAACAUUGGGGCUAGCAUUGAACGUUGACUGUAUGUCCGGUCUCCUCAAGGCGCUAUCCAGACAAGACCAAUUUCUCGAUACAAUUGAGGGAAUGAGGACCGAGCUCAAGGAGAGACACGAAGCUGAAACGCGCAUCGCCAUCAACAAAGAGAGACAAGAAAUCUUGAAAUCUUUUGCGAAGGUCGAUUCUCGCAGCAAUCACGACAUGAGCCGAAAGCUGCGGAGCCCUGGCACAGGUCUUUGGUUGACAGAAGGUCAAGAAUUCAGACAAUGGUGGGAAACCAAAAACGCCAGACUUUGGUUCUACGGAAUUCCAGGCGCGGGCAAGACCGUUUUGGCCUCCUCUGUGAUCGAGGAAGCCUUGCGAAUGAGCAGCCCCAGCAUCGCAAUUGCCUUUUUUUACUGCGACUACAAAGAUUCAGCCAAGCAAGACUUGUCGAACAUACUAGGUUCAUUGGCUCAGCAGUUCGCUAAGCAGGACGAAGAGAGCUUUGCGAAGCUUCGAGAUUUCUACGAGACUCAUAAUCCAGAGCAUCAAGCGAAUUUUAGGUAUGACUCUGAAGUUCUGUGGAGUCUUGUAAGGGAAGUGGCGUUAGCCUUCGAUUGUGCUAUGAUCAUUGUCGACGGGCUUGACGAAUGUGGGACGAAUGCGCCCGUAGUGGUUGACUCUCUUACCGCCCUCAAUGAUGGUGAGGAUACUACCGUCAAGACAAUAUUCCUGAGCAGGGACGAGAUAGAAAUUCGCGAGCGUCUGGAAAAUUACACAAAGGUUUCGAUUGCCGCCAGGAGUAGCGAUCUUAGGCUCUACGUUGGGGCUGAGAUUGAUCUCAGAACGCGUAAAAAAAGGCUCAGGAUCAAGGAUCAGUCACUCAAAGAACACAUCUUGGAAAGGCUGGUGGAAGGCGCAGAAGGCAUGUUUCGCUGGGUGACUUGUCAGAUGGACUACUUGUGUGAGUUACCGAACGAUGCCGCCCGCCGCGUAGCACUAGGAUCUUUGCCACCCGACCUGACCUCGACGUAUGAGAGGAUCUUAGAUCGGGUGAACCAAAGUAACCCAGAAACGCAGAAGCUUGUUCGAAGGGCGUUACGUUGGAUUACAUAUGUUGACACAACAUACGACUUCACCACCGAAGGUUUGUGUGAAGCCGUAUCUAUUGACUUCGGCAGCACAAGGCGGAAUUCUCGGGCUAUACCUGACUUGUUCGAGAUCUUGUACUGGUGCAGCAGCCUUGUACGAAAAUCGGCGAACGGUAGAACGCUGGAGUUAGCUCACUUUACGGUCCAGGAAUUCCUCUGGCAAAUUGAUCCCAGACGAGGUAUUUCAUUUGGGGCGUAUCGAAUCGAUCCUAAAAGCGACAAGCUCAUACUUGCAAAGGUGUGCCUUACAUACCUGAACUUUGAAGACUUCGACCAAGGCGGUCCGUUUAGCCAGCAUGUAGUGGAUCGUCGUUUUCAUGAGUACCCGUUUCGAUACUAUGCUAUUGACGGAUGGCAUCACGUUGCUCGCAAGAACUUGGAUGACCCUGAACUUUUUCGACUGGUGCAGAAGCUGUUCAGCCCCUCUAAACCGAAUACAUUAGUCUCAUGGAUGCACGAUAUGACUGCCAAACAUCCUGCACGGGUGUCUCAAUAUAAGGAAACACCGAGUAUCAUCAGCUCUAUGUUUGCUGAAGCAACCGCGCUGCAUUACGCCGCCAUGUACGGCCUCACCAAAUCGUGUAACUGGCUUAUCAAGAGUGGAUGUGACGUCAACCGAAACACUAGUUCUGGUACACCACUUCACUUCGCGAUUCUGAGUCUUGACACUUGGCAAUGGAGUUUCAAGAAACCCCUGAAACAAUUGGGACGAGGACCAAGGGUUGUUCCGUCCGAUGACACCACUGGUGACACUGUUGACCUCCUUCUAGAAUGUGGGGCGGAUCCAAACUGCUGUUAUGAUCUGGGCACUGAGAAGCUGUCACCUCUCUUCAUGGCCUUGAUUACUGGGCGAUGGGAUCUUGCUGAGAGGCUGCUUGAUAGGGGUGGAUUACUUGACAGUGGCUGCCUGGACAUACUUGAAAACCAUGCGCGAUCUGAAGAUAUCUGCAAAUUGGUAGAACAUACAAGCAACGAUAACGUGGUGCGAAAGAACCACAGUCGUUUGCUUAAAUUGGCUUUGAGAGCGAAGACCUCGUCCAACGCGACUCGCAUAAUGCAUGAGGAUAAUGAUCUGCCCUGUCAAAACACGCACUACGAGGAUGUCUUGCGUACUGCUGCUGAAUUUGGGCAAGUGGAGAUCGUAACACGCUUACUGGACAAUCAGAAGCUUGAUGUUGAUGCAGCAGAUGAAGGUACGGGAUUCACAGCCCUUCACCAUGCAGCAAGGACCGAUCAGCUCGAGGUUGCGCAAAUAUUGAUGGAUCGAGGAGCCAAUUCGAGCAGACCGGAUAGCCGAGGAAGGACCGCAUUACAUCAUUCCGUCCAGGGAAAAGAGGUUCGUUGUCUUCAGUUUCUCUUGCAGCAGGAUGCAGAUACUAGUCUUCGGGACUUAGAAGGCAUGACCGUAGUGCAUUUAGCUGCUCAAGGAGGCAACGCUCAAGCACUGAGCAUUCUGCUGAGUAUGCCGGUCGUUUCAGCAUUAACGACUGGUCUCGAAGCGAAUGAUGGAAGGACGGCUUUCCUCUGCGCUUCAGCGAAUGGGUCUAAAGAAGCCAUGAGCUUACUUCUCCGGGCCGGCAGUAGCCUUACCGAGACGACUUCAGAUGGAUGCUCUGCACUACACUAUACUGCCAAGUCUGGCAGCUUGGAAGGUGUUAAGUUCCUCAUUGGACAGACUAUUGAUCCAUGUGCGGUGACCCUCGAUGAGUCGAACGCAUUGCAUUAUGCCAUCAGUGGGAACAGCGAAACGCUUCCAGAAAUUGUACAUGUUCUGCUUGAAUACGGUGUGGACUCCCACAAAGCUCGCAAUGACGGAUUCACACCCCUUCAUGAUCUCGUGAGGAUCAUCAGGGAGAGUUCUUUGUCUUCAGAUCAACUUGAUCACCUUUUUGCUGCUAGCCGAGCACUGCUAAGGAAGCUGCUGGGGAACCCUAGACUCGCCUCAGACCUACGGUUGGGCUCUGAGCUGAUAUACUUAGCUUGCACACACUCUUUUUGUAGUGCCAAUGAGAUCGUCUUGGGUCUCCUGGAACUUGGUCUCAACUGUAAUAUUCCUUCUUCGAACGGUAGAACUGCGCUCAUGGCUGCAGCAGGAAGUGGGAAUGAUGCUCUUUUAAGCACCUUGCUACUCCAUCAAGCUGAUCCGUGCAUCAAUGAUUCAGGGCUCAACGCAGUUCAUUGUGCUUGCUUCAAUGAUCACAAAAAUAUUCUUGUUCAAUUGAGAGAAACGGGUAUAGAUUGGAACAGUAAGACAACUGCUACAAUCAUGGGCUCCCGACGUAAAAAUGUCACUGCGCUUCAUAUCGCCGCCCAAUUCAAGGACAGCAGCGUUCUCGAAUACUUGCUGAACGAAGAUCUCAUGUCGAACAUUGACGCUUGCACACACCGUGGAGAAACGCCGUUGAGUGUGGCCGUAUGGGCACGAGCAUCCCGAAACGUGUCUCUUUUGUUGUCGAACAAGGCAGACGCUAGUGUUGUUGAUGCGUUUGGAAAUAGUGCAAUUCAUUGGGCUGCGAAAGAGGGUGAUGAAGAAGUCAUUGUUGAAUUCAUAGGACAUGGUUCAGACUUGGGGCUGGCAAACAGCCUUGGACUGGACCCCGAGUUGGUAGCGAGGAAGUAUGGUCACGAGAGCCUUGCAAAGAUCAUUAUGGACUAUGUUCAUGAACAAAACGAGGACGCAAACACUCACCCACACAGUCAGAGACCAGGCAAAACCCACGGAGCAUUGGAAGCAUUGAAGAUAGCUAUAGAUAUAGGAGACCUUGAACUUUGCACGCGCCUCGUUAAGAAUGGAGUAGAUCUCCGAUCUGGUUUUAAGUGGUGCAUGGGAUGCACACCUCUUCUUUACUCUCUCCGUAAAGGACAACAUGCCAUUUCCAAAUACCUGGUCUUUAAAGGAGCCUCAACUGCAGGUAGUGCAUGUGAAUUUUGUUCAACUCGAGGGUUCACUGCAUUCCAUUACGCCGCAGCUCGGGGCUCCGUGCAGCUGCUUCGAUUGCUACUUGAGAAAGCUCCGAGCGAGAUAUAUGCUAAUCACGAUCCGAUACAUUUUCUACACUAUGCUGUACUUGAAAACAAUACUGAGUGUGUCAAGCUGAUGUUAGAGCACGCUAGUCAAGGAAAAGGAAGAAGCUUUUGCGAUGGGCGUGGCACGUUGCAGGAAACUCUUGGUUGGAUGAUCAACAUGCAGGUGCGGGGCGAGCUGCUCCGUUGGUCUUGGUACGCUGCGCGUAGUGGAUCGUUUCCCGAAUCGCUCUUAACAGCAAAGCCACUACACAUCGCCGCAAGCGAGGGAAAUUCAGAUGUUGUACUGAUGUUGUUGGACUACGGAGCGUCUAUUGACUGCGUGGACGGGGAAUACGCGACACCAUUGCAUCAUGCCGCAUCUAAUGGCCAGAUGGCCAUAGUAAGACUCCUCCUUGACUCAGGAGCAAACCUGAACGCCGUGAAUACGAGUCUCGAAAGUCCAUGCAUGACUGCUGCUAUCCACAACCAAGUUGAUUCAAUUCGAGCAUUGCUGCAAGGUGGUGCAGACAUCCAACUACGAAAUCGUUAUGGUCAAAACGCUCUACACCUCGCUGCAAGUUCUGGAUCAAAGGAUGUGCUUGUGUUUCUGCUGAACACAGCGACUGGACACGAUCUAGGUGCAGAGGACACACUGGGUAUAUCAUUCUUCGAUCAAGCCAUGAGUCGCACAUCAAGCUUUCCAAUGACAUUGUUGUUGAACCUGGCGCUCCCGGUCGAAGCCUAUGAGUCUCGAACAGGAAACACCUUGAGCACAGCUGUUGGUUGUCGCUCCGCAACUGACGUUAGACAGUUAUUACGGCGACUACCGACCGGCCUUCUGCCCAGACUCCUGAACCAUCCCGAUCUAUAUUCACGCACACCACUACACACUGCAGCUGCGCUGGCAAAACUUGAUAGUAUAAACCUGUUGCUUGACGCGGGUGCCCAACUUGAGGUCGAGGGAUCCGAGUAUGGCACUGCGUUGAUGGGGGCCUGCGCGACCGGUCGCCUUGCGGCAGUCAGAUUGCUUGUCGCGAGAGGUGCAAAGACAUCAUAUGAGAAAGACGGGCAGUGUUACAGCGCACUUCUUGCUGCGAAACACCACCCGGAGGUUAGAAGGUGGCUAAUUGUUGGGAGGUUCUUGGAGGGUCCGAAGCUACUCACGUACAAGGAAGUCGAGUAG